AUGGCGAACAAGAAAAACAAGAAAACAUCGUCAUCUUCUUCUUCGGUAAUAUCUGCCGCUUCCAAUAGCAGUGGCAGAGAAGGAGGUGGACCACAUUCACAACAACAGCAAGAACAAUCAACAAGUCGUUUGAGUGGAAAUGUUCAACAACAACAAUUACCAACAAAUAACAACACUCAGCAGGCAUUUAACAUCUCCAAUACAAAUUUGGUAAAUUUAAAUCAAAAUAAUUUAGCAUCCAUGAGGAGUAUGUUUGCAAACGAACCCGUAAAUCUUGAUAGUUGUUUUUUGUGUGAUGAUCACAAGCCCAAAAAAUCAUUAUCGGGAAAGAAAGGCUCCAGAUCUGGUGCUCAUAUUCCAGCCAGCGUGAAAGACUUUUGGUUAGAAGCUCCACUCAAAAAGAAGCUUCAAUUGUUGCAAAUGGAUUGUAAAUUCGUUUUGGACCAAAUUCGGUGUUCAUCACCGUAUACCACAAAGGAAGGUGAUAAACCUGCUUUUCUGAGCAAACCAUCCUCAUGUUUAUGUCCUGCCUGUCGGAAGAAGAAGGCAAUUUUCAAUGCAGUGAUUGCAGUUUUUGAGGACUAUGUAAACGAAUUGGAAGGAAAACCUCCUUCCGCUAACAGUACAUCUCACCAAGUGGCAGCAUCAUUUCCGCAACAACAACAACACCCAAAAUCCCAACCACAACAACCAACAAAUUCUCAUCAUCAUCAACCAUCUUCCACAACACCGUCUUUACAAACAACAACACUCCCCACAGCAGCAAGCAUCACAGUUUCUAUUGAUGCAGAGUCAAAUCCAAGUGCAUUCAAUCCACAACCCACAGCAGCAAAAACAAAAUCUUCAUCAGGUGCCACGACAACUACUAAGGGUACACAUACCGUUCCAAAAUCAUCUCUGGUCAGUAGUGAAACAAUCAACAAACAACUCUCGAAAAUAUCCGAAAAAGCACAACAAUUCAUUAUUGAGGAUGAGCCAUCAUCAUCGAAUACAAGCAGCACGAGUCAUGAAAAAACACCAAGUGAUACAAGUAGUGGAGGAGCCGCGAACAACUCUUCUUCUGCUUCCUCUAAUAAUAACAAUAGCAUCACUCAAUCUGCAGAUUCAAAUUCGACAAUCAUCAGUAACAAUAAUAAUCCAACACUAGCUUCACCUAACAACGACAAUCAAUUACCGUUUGGGCGAUAUUUAAUAGCAAAAAAUGGUAAGAUUACAGUUUCAGAGGAAUAUUUAAAGAAAGACAACGGAAGACACUUUCUGCGGGUCAUCAAGAAAUGUGAGGAGGUAUUUCCGAGCGAUUUAAAACUUGGCCCCAAUAACUUUCCAGCUCCCGAGAAUAUUCACAUGCUCAUCAAUUAUUGUACGAUGAAUAGCGAGUUGAACAUUAAGAAAAUAAUGUUAAAGAAUGCAAAGAAGGCUCUCUCGAAUCAUGCAUCUCAUCAUGGAAAUACAAACUCUACGCAACAACACAAACAUCAUGCAUCUCAUCGUGGAAACAGCUCGAGCACCAACUCUUCUCAAGCAAAAACUGCUGUUGCAACGAGUGAUGUGCGUGAACAGCAGCAAGUUCUCAAUUUGUUUCAGCAACAACAAGGUAAUGCUACAGCAACUCUCACACUUGGCUCUAAUAACAGCACUACCGUUAACCUUAAUAACGUGAAUGUACAAAUGAUCCACUCAUCUGACAAUGUCGGAACAGGUACCUCAAAACCUGUAAAAUCUUCACAUGGUGGUAGUAGUAGUACUAGUAUUGGUACUUCACAAGUCCCUGCUUCAAUAUCGACACAUUUACAGGUACAGGUACCACCAACUGUUACGAUAACUGCUACUUCAGCUUCGCUGGGAUCUCAAAAAUCAUCAGGCCAAAAUCAAACAGCACUCGUUGUGAGUGGAAGCAUUGACAUGACCACAACAGGUGGAAGUUCCCCCAAUAUGAAAGUUGUGAAUGGUUCCAUUGCGAUGGUUCAUUUGGGAAAUGUUAAAGAUCUUAUUCGGGCUGGAGAUGCAGCCUCGACUGCUGCAACUGUCAUGUUGAAUAGUUUGCAGGAUGAAGAGGUUGUCGAUGAGGACGACGAAGGGGACGUCGAAGAAGACGAAGAGGACGAAGAGUAUGACGAAGAGGAUACAAUUGACGACGAGGAGCAUGAUGAAGAGGACGAAGAGAUUGAGGAUGAUGAUGACGAUAUAGAAUCAGAUGAAGAGGAGGAAAUUGAUGAUGACGAGGACGAUGAGGGAGAUCUUGACGAAGACUAUUCAACAUCAGAGACCGAUGAGGAGGGAGACACUCACGUCAAUAAGGGAGAUUUGAGCACUUCAUCUAAUCUCGGUACUCCAGGGGCUCAAGGAAAUAGCAAUACAGCCAGAUUACAGCAAAUGCAUUCAGAUCAUCAUCAAGAACAAAACAGCUCCAAGAGAAGAGUAUCUAGAGAAAGCAGUGGAAGGAGACAUGCCUCACAAAAAUCCUCAGAUCCAAAAAGAGAGCAAGAGGAAAAGAAUGAAAUUUUGGCUUCAAACAUGCGAGAAAGCAAACUACUAUUCCAAAUUUAUUUAGCUCGUUUAUUCGCACACAAUAUCCGAGUGGCCUAUAAUGACUUGUGUGCAUCUGAAAUGCAGAAAUGUCUUCUCGAAGAAUAUGAAAGAGAGUCAGAAAUGAAAAAUUCCACAAACUCCAAGACCUCAAAGAAAAAAUCCAAAAGCAAGAAAGAUAACAAGAAGAAGGAUGAAAAACAAGUUGCAGCACCUUCACAAAAGAAGGCACAACUUCAAUCAACAACAGAAAAGAAUAUUCCACAACCAUCCUCAAAAGACAAAAACGAAUCUAAAUCGAACACGCCCCAACCGUCGCUCAUGGGCACAUCACCUUCAACAAGUAGCGUGGCCUCUUCUCAUUCCCUAGCAAGCGCCAAUGACACCCAUGACGUGGAAGCUGCAGAGUUGUCUGAAAGUGGGGAUGAUGAAUCGAAUAAUGACAGUGAACAUGAUAUUGAGGAUAGUCUUCAUUCCAAUGAAGAACAUGAUUUUGAUCCAUACGAGUAUGCUCUCGAUGAAGACGAUUCUGUAUUCAGCUCGAAUAAGUCUCCACCACAAGAUUGGAAUGUUGUCACCAAGAAGCCUGUUAAGAAGCAGAAAGCAACAUCAUCAUCUACUCGAGGUGGUCAUGCUCAACGAGGAGCUCGAGGUGGUGCUAGUGGUACGAGAGGUCGAAGCAGUCACUCCGGAGUCGCUCCACAUGGUCAUAACACACAGAGUGGUGGUGGUACUUCUAUUAAGACGACAAAUUCUCAAACAACAUCUACAAGCGGUCUCAAAUCUAAUAACACACACAAAGCAUCUACUACCUCACCACGACCAAGCCCGUCCUCAUUCCAUUCAGUACCUCCUUCUUCUCAAGUGAGCGUUCAGAAUGUAACAACCGCUCAAACCACUGCUACUAGUAGCCAUCAUCCAUCUCAGCAGUCAGCAACAGACAAGAAUAACCCUCAAGUACAUGUCUCUAAAAGUUCUCCGUCCGGUUCAAGCAGUGCCACUACUAGCACUCACCAAUUUCACAGUCAACAUGUCAAGCCUGUUUCUUCAACUUCUCCAACAAAUAUGAGUAAUUCUCAUCCGUCUACAUCUUCCAUUUAUUCAAACUCAAAUGAUAGUCUCUCGAGACCUCUUCCCACCGUGCAAUCCAAUUCGAUUGGUAACAAUAAUUCUAUUGUUGGAAUGAGCAAUAAUUUCAACUCGCCGACCCUUAAUACUGGUGGAUUUAUUCUCUUACCUAGUGCUGUGAAUGGUGCAAACAUUAUUCAACACUCGAGCAAUGUUGUCAAUAAUAAUUGUGUUGGUAGUAGUAAUAAUAGCAGUGAGAGAGAUUCUAGUUAUCGUAACAAUGCUAGUAAUAGUAGUAGAAUUCACUCCCGUCAGCAAAGUACAAGCAGUACAGGAAGCAACUUGGAUAUUUCACCUCUCACUACUACGACCAUUGGAGGCAAUAAUUUAUUCAAUGCCACACUCACUUCUGUCUCAACAACCUCAAAUGCAUCCACAUCUGCUACAACUCCUGGCAAUAGCACUGUUUCAAGUGUUGUGGAUGAGAUACUUAAUGAUGACGAUUUUAGCAACAUCAUUCAGCAUGCUCAUGGUUCAAAACGUUCACACACACCAUCCAGUACGACCUCCAAUAGCAGUAGUGUGAUUUCUAGUGGAGUUCAGCAAGCUGUUCCACCGUCAUCACCUUUUGCAACAAGCGUGAGUCACUCAAUUUUUGGAAUUGGAGGCAGCAACAUGAUUGCUUCAGGAAAUUCGAGCGCUAUGGGUACUAUGGGUACCGCCACCACGUCAGUAGCAACUGCAAGUAGUGGAUCAGCCCCUCAAACAAUGAAAAACAAUGGCGGGGUAGUAGCCUCCUCCUCUCCAAGGCAGCAGCACGGAGUGAUGAGUGGCACCAAUCCAAUCAUGGAUGUUGCCACGAGCACCACUACUAGUAACCUGAGCUCAGCUGGUACUUCCUCUUCUUCUUUCAUUAACCAAGGUGGUAGUUCAUUCUUUUAUAGUCCUUUCACUUCUCUUGAUAUAGGCAUGCCUUACAAUGCUCCUCCACAUCCUAAUCAUCAACCCAUGACCAUGAUGGGAGGCAACUUUUCAAACAUGGUGAUGAUGACACCCAAUUCAAAUUCAUACCUCUUUUCCAGUCAUCAUCAACCACUCUUGCCCAUGACUUCAUCACCCUUUUUGUUGGGAGUCGGCCAAAAUAAUUCAAUGAACGGUGGCAGUACUAGCAGCAGCAAUAGUACUGUAGCAACUUCGACGGCUCAACAACAACCCUCAACCUCAUCACCCAUGACAUUACCUUUGGUGAGCUCACAGGAUCAUCAUGGUAACAGUGGCAGUGCUAGUACUUCGUCAUGGUCACUAUUCCAAAGUCCAUUUGCUUGGGGUCAACCAACGGUACCGGUUGGAGUGCACUCGAGUUCAAACAUCAUCAUGCCUCUUCACAUGGGACUCUCCACAACAGAGAACGCAAGUGCCACUCCGUCAACUACCACCACGGAACAAAAUUGA